AUAAGCGACGCAUUCCGGCAAUGGCAGUCACCAUCAGGGUUUGUUCAAUCUCCGUAGAGGUGCUUCUUUUGUCGGUGGCGUUCGCUUACGGACGGGAAUGUGGGGACAGAAACUUUCUCUGCAGGAGUGCCAAUCAGGUCCAGCAAUGCGUGGACGGGGUCGCAAUGGGCCAUGUGUAUGGCUGCGACCCCGGAUUGUUGUGCGAUAACAAUUCAAAAUGGGGACCUUGCAUUUCCGAACCUGAAGACGCUUGCUGUGAGGAGGGACUUUUCCCAAUUAACGGUUCAUGUACGAUUUUCAUGAGCUGCGUGCACGACGGCCAGAAUUGGUCCCGACACUUUAUUUCCUGCGCGGCCGACUUUGUAUUCAACCCGACAAUCUCCCGGUGCGAAAGAAAGGCAGCAACUUUCACGGGCUGCCCGAUUACAUGGGGCGAGGAAUCUGGCGGCGGCAGCACGACCGUUAGUGUCACGACCACGACCAGCCCCAAGCCGCCAGCAACGACGACGAGAAUGCCCGUGUGCUCCAGCCCGGGUCAUUUCCCCGACCCGGACAGUUGCAGACAUUACUACGUCUGCUCGUGGGCCGCUGGAGGCGGUGUCAAGGCCGCCAGAACGCAGUGCGUUUCAACUUUGCUCUUCGACACUAGAUUGAGGCAGUGCGUUUACAAUACCAACUGUGGUGCCAGACCCUUUUAAAUGUUUCUGCGUUUCUUAAAAUAUGUAAAUUCCUGAUAUCUUAUAUAAUAUUUGCCAUAAAAAUUUCAUUUUGGAGAUAUAUUAUAAAAAGUUUAAUGAAAAAUCGGAGCAUUAAUAAGCAUUUGUUUUACAAACAGAAAAAAAUUAUAUCGAGGCAAGCGGGAUAUUAAUUUUCUCUUGACGAACGAUAAUAUGCAAAUGAAAGUAAAAAAUAUGUGAAAAUAUCUUAGGAUAUUAAAUCCUUUGUUUUUAAAGGAGCUGAAAUUUUCAAUGAUGUCCAUAUUUAUCAAAAUUUGCUAUAUUCCCGAGAAAUUUUUGUUUUUAGAAUCUCCAUAUCAGUUAUGCCUCCUGAAAAAUCACACAAAAUAUCAAAUUCAUUUCCGUCUGGCAAUACAUAUAAUUUUUUAAUGUAAUGAAAUGCGUUUCAUUAAAAAAUAACAUAGAGUUCCACAAACGCAUGUUUGUAUUUUAAAAGAUCUGGAAAACAUUUUGAUGUUAUGUGUUCCAAAAUUACCUAAUUGGAAAAAAUUUUCAAUUAAAAUAUAAUAUAUUUCAUUACAGGUCAUUUUCAUUUACAAACUGCAAAAAAAAAUUAACCUUAAAAUCUUAUACACAUAAUUUUAUUUCUGUACUUAUAAAGAUUAAAUUUGCCUAAAUUCCUUCAUUACUGAUGUUUUUAUAACUGAAAAAAGUGAAAAAGCUGGACAAAGAGAAAAAGUACUCUAAGUGUAAUGAAAUCAUGUGUUUGAAAACCUGGUUGAUGGAUAUAUCGAAAUCAAGUAACUGCACCAUUGUACAUAUUGAAGGAGAAAGACUUGCUUUCAACAAGGCAACAACAAUGCCCAUUUUUGUCGCUCCUUGAAAGUCUUCAGGAGCUCUAACUUCUUCACUCCUUUUUUUUUAAACUUAAAUGAAAAAUAAAAAUCAUAAAAAUAUUGUA